UCGACCUUGUAUUUUGUUCAAUUCUUCGUAAAACGUCGCGAUGUUAAGUAUGAGCAAGUUCACUCUUACGUUUUUGUUGUUCACUUGUAUUUGUCACACGCUUGCAGACGAUUGUGACCAACAUGGAGUGUUACUGUACGAAGAUCUCCACUGUAAACCAGUGAAGAACUCUGAAGACCCUUGCCCAACCAGUUUCGAUUGCGAUCUAGCCCAACCGAAAUCCGGCUGUCUUUUUAAAGGAAAAAUCUACAAACCCCGUGAAGAAAUCGAUUCGGACUUGACAUAUUCAGCCUGUCAAAUUGGUUGUAGAUGUGGUGAAACGUCAACGACCUGCGCCGUUUUAGAUUGUCCCGAAAACCUAGGCGCUUACAGAGAACCAAACUGCUACCCGAAAUACGAACUAGGAAAAUGCUGCGCUUCGGGAUCCCAGUGCGAAAACUCCACCAAAACCUGUACAGUGGACGGAACCGUCUAUAAAGUGGGACAAAACUUCUACCCGAAAAACUCCUGUUUGAGUUGCGUAUGUCACGAGAAUUUUCAAGGAAGCUACGAUAAAGAGACCUGCGUUAGAAGAAACUGCGCCGAAGAGCUGCGUAAUGCCGAAAAUAUACGAAACAACUGUGCCCCGGCAUAUUUCAGGUUUGAAUCUGAGGAGAAUGCGCUUUGUUGUCCGAACCACUGGGUGUGUCCGGAGGAAAAUGAUAAAAUUGAGGUUGUAGAUAAAGAACCGGCCGGGAAAAGUACCCUGGAAUGUACGUUUGGGUCGAAGAAGGUACCUGUUGGGGAAGGUUUCAAGAGAACGGUAAAUAUGUGGGGUGAAGACAGGAAUUUGGUUUGCCAGUGUACAAUUCCGCCAUUUUUGACAUGUAAACAACUGUAAUAUCCUUAUUUUUUUCAUUAUGUAUUGUUUAUAAAUAUAAAUAUAGUUCUGUUAUAUUA